AUGGUUGACUUGAAUUCAGCAUUUGUGGUGACCUUGCUGGUAAAUACCAACAGAGGAGACUGUUGUGCAUCACAGAUAAAGGAGGCUGAGAUUCAUAUCAGGGACUCAAGAGAGGAAGGUAGCCCAUUGAACCCUAGAUGUGCUACAGUCGAGGCUACGGAGGUCGGGCAAACACUCGCAUUUGGCUGUGAAGGGGUGCAAGGUCAGUAUGUGACUGUGAUAAUCCCUGGGAGAGAAGAGUUCCUCUCACUCUGUGAAGUGCAAGUGCUUGGCCAGCCGUGGAUUUAUGUUGUUUCUAAUGUGGCACUUGAAGGUGUAGCAUCCCAGUCCAGCACCUUUAACGAAUAUGGAAACCCUGGCAAUGCCAUUGAUGGGUCUCCAUCCAGUGAUUACCUGAGUGUAAAAUGCCCCAUUCCUGAAGUGGCACUUGAAGGUGUAGCAUCCCAGUCCAGCAUCUAUGACAAAUAUGGAAACCCUGGCAAUGCCAUUGAUGGGUCCCCAUCCAGUGAUUACCUGAGAGGCAAAUGUAGUCACACGGAUUUAGAAAUUAAUCCAUGGUGGACACUGGAUUUGCAAGCAAGGGUUCAAGUGUUCAGAGUAAAGAUCACCAAUCGAGGAGACUGUUGUGAAGAGCGGAUAAACGGGGCUGAAAUCCGAAUUGGGAGCUCGCCGGAGAGAAGCGGCACAACAAAUCCCAGAUGUGCCCAGAUCGACUCCAUGGGCCCUGGGGAAACACGCUCAUUUGACUGUGAAGGAAUGCAAGGGCAGUAUGUGACUGUGACCAUCCCAGGCACAGGAAAAUACCUCACACUGUGUGAAGUCCAAGUGUUUGGUCUACCAGUAAAUUCUUCUGACCUCAUGCUCAAUGAAACUCUGGGCCCAAGGAUCCCCAAUGGAGCUCCUAAUGUAGCCCUGGGGAAAACAGCCUCCCAGUCUAGCACCAGAGAGAUUGAGGACAAUCCUAUGAGGGCCACUGAUGGAUCUUUAUUGAACCAUUUCCCGAGCCAACAGUGCUCACAAACACGCAGAGAGUUCCAGCCAUGGUGGACAGUGGAUUUGAGCAAAACAUUUAUUGUGUCCUCAGUGGUGAUCACAAAUCAAGGUGACUGUUACAAAGAGAGGAUCAAUGGUGCAGAGAUUCGGAUUGGGAACUCAUCAGAGCUUGGUGGGACACUGAAUCCCAGAUGUGCUACAGUUGAGUCCAUGGAGCUUGGGCAAACACUCUCAUUCGACUGUCAUGGAAUGCAAGGGCGUUAUGUGACUGUGACCAUCCCAAGGCGAGCUGAGUACCUGACUCUGUGUGAAGUGCAGGUGUUUGGUCUGCCAUUGAUUUUCCCUGGUGAGUACAAUGGGAACCUAGAACAGUGGUUUUUAAACCAUGGGUCGCGAUCCAUCCCAAAUGUAGCACCACAUGGUAUUGCCUCCCAGUCCAGCAGAUAUAUGUACUCCUAUAACGCUCAGAAUGCUAUCGAUGGCUCUUUAUCUGCCAACGCUUUGAUGGGACAGUGUACCCACACACAUAAAGAAUGGUCACCCUGGUGGAGGCUGGAUUUGAAAUCAGAGCAUAAAAUCUUCUCUGUUGCAUUAACAAACCGAGGAGACUGUUGCAAGGAUCGGAUAAACGGUGCUGAGAUCCGGAUUGGGAACUCUAAUGAACAAGGUGGAAUAAAGAAUCCCAGAUGUGGGACAGUUUUCCGCAUGGAUUAUGAGGAAACCCUCUCAUUUGACUGUGAAGAAAUGCAAGGGCGGUAUGUGACAGUGACCAUUCCUGGGCGAGCUGAAUACCUCAGUCUGUGUGAAGUGCAGGUCUUUGGUCUGCCUGUGAGUCCUUUAAGUCUCCUUGAAAAAGCCUUUAUUUUCCCGGAAGAAACAGACAAUAGCUAUGUUGUUCUGUCUCCAGCACAGCCCUUGAGUCUUGAAGCAUUCACACUUUGCAUGAAGGCGGCCUCAGAGUUACCGCCCAAUCGAGAAAUCAUUCUUUUCUCCUACCGCACCAAGUACUAUGAUGAACUCAAUGUGUGGCAAGAGUUUAAUGGCACUUUUAGUUUGUACCUGAGUGGUCCUGGAGUGCACUUCACCCUCCCCAAACUCAAUACCUUUGGGAGUCACAUGUGUGUGACCUGGGAAUCCAAAUCUGGUCUCACAGCCUUUUGGGUAAAUGGUAAAAGGAGCCUAAGAAAAGUGCUGAGACCAGGGCAUAGGAUCCAACCACAGGGCAUUGUCAUGCUGGGGCAAGAUCCAGACACAUUCUGGGGCAGCUUUGAGAAGGCCCAAAGCUUUGUGGGAGAAAUAAGUGACCUUUAUAUGUGGGACCAUGUCUUAUCACCCUCCAUUAUCCAGAAUGUUUACCUGGACCACUCAUUUCCCAAGGGAAAUAUUUUUGAUUGGAAAUCAUUAUCAUAUGAGUGUACGGGAAAUGUGAUCGUGCCAUCCAAACUGUAACUGAGUGUAAUGUGAA